CUUCGUUGUGAGGCCCUCGUCACUCUCGCAAUUGCCAGCACCGCCCUGCGAUGUUCCGUCAGGUGGCUUCCCGCGCGUCCCGGCUCGGCGCUGCGUCUACGAUCGCCCGCGCGACAGCCCCUCGUGCUCUGUCGCGCAAGAUUGUGACGGCGUCGUCGCCGUCGACUUCGUCCAAGGCCGUGAAUGCCACGGCCUUGUCUGCGGCAGCGUUCCUGUCUGCCGGUGCCUCGCUGACUCUCCUCCAUGCGAAGGAGCAAACGGUUGACGUAGCUAAGGUUCGUGCCGAAAUCGCGUCGCUCAUCGAAAAGGACGCGUACCUUGGACCGACUUUCGUCCGACUCGCCUGGCACUCGUCCGGCACGUACAGCAAGAAGGACAACAGCGGCGGCUCCAACGGCGGCACCAUUCGCCAUGACCCUGAGAUCAACCAUGGCGCGAAUGCUGGAUUGGACACUGCGAUUGCGCAACUCGAGCCCAUCAAGCAGCGUUUCCCGGGCAUUUCGUACGCCGACUUGUACGUGUUGGCGGGAGUCGUUGCCAUCUCGGAAAUGGGUGGCCCCGAAGUCAAGUUCCACUUGGGUCGAAAAGACGCCGCGAGCGGUGCGGAAUGCACGCCGGACGGGCGCUUGCCGGACGCUGACAAGGGCUCCAAACCCAACACGAUCAACCACAUCCGGGAAAUCUUUUACCGCAUGGGAUUCAACGACCGGGAAAUCGUCGCGCUCGUCGGCGCGCACGCCGUCGGCCGGUGCUACCCAUCGCGCAGUGGGUUUAGCGGGCCGUGGACCCGCGCAGAGUGGACGUUCUCGAACGAAUACUUCCGUGAGCUGCUCGAGAAUAAGUGGACGCUCAAGAAGUGGAAAGGCCCUGAGCAGUACACGGACCCGACGGGCGAACUCAUGAUGCUGCCGGCGGACAUGGCGUUCAUCUGGGAUCCAGAGUUCAAAAAGUACGUCGAGCUGUACGCCAAGGACGAAGACCUGUGGCACAAAGACUUUGCCAAGGCGUUCCAGAAGCUGACGGAGAACGGCGUGGACAUCGAGAAGACUGGCUGGCGCCGCUACAUUUUCUUUGGCCCCCGCGGCGAUUAAGUUGCAUGGAGAUACCUGUUUAGCAGCGGCACAAUCCAUUAAUGUGUUAUCGAAACAUGCCCAGUACAUGGUCAAGCGCUUCCACUCCUUAAUCCAAGCGCUGAUACGUAUAACCGAGCGAGCCCAAUGCGCGCCGCGCCACAAUGAAGCCAAUGCCGCCGCCCACCGCAAGGCCAGACACCAGCAUCAGCAUCAUCGGGACAUGUUUGACUGCUACAACACACAUCACAAAUCCGACAGGUCACCUUGCCCGACCAUCACGACG